UAAUGUAUUUAUUAUGUUAGCUGCCGAUAUUUUUCUUAGUAUUCAGUGAUUUCUCGAAACAGUAAGAUAACGAUUAAGUUUAUAUAAUACAUCUUUAGCACUCGCAAUUCAAGACGGUGCUAACUGUACUAUUGUUACAAAUUGUUAAUUGUUACAAAGUACUGUAAUUUAAAUCUUUACAUCAUUUUAAUAUAUAUAGAUGCUUUAAAGGAAAUUAGUAUGGCAUUGCGACAUAUCUUAUUAAAUGUAUUAAUAUUUAUUGUGAUAAUUAUACUAUCUGCUGCAAAAUUUACGACUAAUACUACUGAAAUUAAUAACGCUGUUUUGAAUGGCGUUCAUUUAACACCAUUGCAUUAUGAUGUCAAAAUAAAAUUUGACGUACACAGAAAUACCAUUUCCGGCAAAUGUAAUAUUUUCAUCGAGAUUAAUCGUCCAACGGAAAAUAUUAGUAUGAUGAUUUCAGGGAUUUUUAAUAUAGUAGAAAUUGAUCUGAUUGACACGGAUAAUAAUCAGACAAUCAACAUCCCGAAAAUUUCAUUUAACAAUAAAUCGUUUGAUAAAACGUACAUUCAUCUUGAUUUUACUCAUUCAACAGAUGUUUUAUUACCUGGUACAUAUAAUUUAAAAAUGAUAUAUAUUCGUCCCGUGAUAGAUAGAGACUUUUUCAAAUCUGUUUACGCAGACAAAGAAGAAGACAAAGUGUCAAACAAAGAAAUCAUUGAAGUAAUAACAGCAGAAGAACUAUUUCCAUAUUGGAACGAGUCGGUAUUUUAUUCAAACUUUAAAAUUUCUAUUUGGCAUCAUGAAAACUACACAGUUUUAUUGAAUAUGAGGAAAGGAGAGAGAGUUAAAAAUAUAAAUAACAUGCUGUGGACUCACUUUGACGAAUCGCUUUUAUUGACCGCUGAAACAUAUGUUAUAAUCACAUCCACUUAUUUUUACAACAAUACUGAAAGUGGCACAUUUUGGUAUAGAAAAGAGAUCAGAUGUUAUGCAGAAAAUGUAAUAAUCAUUGCGCAAAAAGUUAUAAACUAUUUGAACCAAAAAAAUACAAGAAAAAUAACAAAAAUAAUUUACUUUCUAAUUAAAAACUUUCAACACAGUAACAUAAGAAAUGUGAACAGAUUAAAGUCAUGGGGAUUCAUUUUAUUAAGGGAAGAAGAUAUUAUUUAUAAUGAGACAUUAAAUCAAAAUGUCCGCAAAACAGAAGUGGCAAACUUAAUAGCAUGUGCAACGCUAUCUCUUUGGUACGACGAUGCGAUUCUGUGGUCAAGAGAAGGAUUUAUUACAUUUCUUGCAGCACAUAUUUUGGAUCAGAUUAGCGCAACUUAUCGCAUAAUGGACCUAUUUGUCGUUCAAAUAUACAGAGACUCUUUACGUUUCGAUACUCUUCCUAUAGAUUCUCUUCCUAUAGAUUCUCUUGCACAUACCGCAAACAUCUCUACAGUGCAUUCAUUUCGAUCAUCCUUUAAUUAUAUCAAAUCAUUCAUUAUAUGGCGUAUGUUAUAUCAUAUAACAUCUGAUGAUGUGUUUUGGACUGGUAUCAACACGUAUAUAAACAUACAAAAUACGACGUAUACUAAUAAUUUAUCUACCAUCACACUAUUUUGGAUCGCUAUGGAAAGUGCUCGAAAUGUAACAGAUAACUCUAACCUUAAUAUGAAGGAUGUAAUCGAUAUUUCAAUGGAAAGACUUUGUCCUGUAGUGAACGUGACGCAAACGACAGAUUUUGAUUUUAUUCACGUAACAGUUUUAUGUGCUAAUUCAUCUGUUUAUAAUAAAUUAUUUACUGACAGGAAACAAUAUCGACAUAUGACAUAUACGACGAAAUUAGUCAUGAACUUUGAUACAUCAGAUAACAAAAGUUAUUUUUGGCUACCUAUAAUAUCCAAUUAUACAUUUGAUAUAAUUAAUUUAAUUGACUGGCAUGGCGAGAAUUGGAUCAUAUUCAAUUUACAACAAGCUGGGUACUAUCGUGUCAAUUAUGAUUCAGAAAACUGGGCAAACCUUGGAUAUUAUUUGUCUCAUAUAAGUUAUACCAAUAUACAUGUUCUCAAUCGAGCCCAAAUUGUCGAUGACGCGUUUUAUUUUUUGAUGCAAGGGCAACUCGGUUUUACCAUGUUUUUUAAGAUUACAAGAUUUCUAUUUAAUGAAACAGAUUAUGUAGCAUGGUAUCCUAUGAUUAAAGCUGUUGAGCACAUGUGGUGUGUCUGGCCUAUUGAUGAUUUUUCAGUUACAAAGAAGAAAAUCAUGGCAAUGUUCAAUAAACUUCUGUGUAAUAUAGGAUACGAUGAUAUAUUUUACGCAAAUGAUUUUAUUACAUAUCUAAGAGAAGAAGCGGUAAGAUGGUCAUGUGUUUUUGGUGAUUUAGACUGCAAAGGAAAUGCCACUUUUGAAUUAAAUAAAUAUCUUCAAAGAUCUGUACAAGACAUGCUUUUGAUACGGAAAGACUGGAUAUACUGUAAUGGUUUAAUGGGAGCAAGCUACAGUGUUUGGUUGAAUGUAUAUGAAAAAUUUAACAAAACACGCCAUAAUACACUUUUACAAUACUUAGUUUGCUCUGAAGAUCUUAUUAUUAUUUGGAAUUAUUUGUUAAGAAUAAGGGAAAAUAUUUUUCGAUUGAAACGCAAUGAGCGUGCUUAUAUAAUGCUCCUUAUCGUCGCAAGACAUGCAAAAAAUAAAAUAAUGUUGCAGGAUAUACUCGAAGUUUUAAAAGACUUUGAAUUCAGUUCAAAAAAGGAAGUUGACCAAAUUGCCAUAUUAAUUGUUAUUAUAACGCAUGAGCGUUUCUCUACUACAGGGCGAUUGUCUAAGAUAACUGACUUCGUGAAAAGUAGAUUUAAUGAAGCGCCACAAGUUCAAGAUGCAGUUAAAAAAAAAAUACAAAAACGAAUAUCGGAAUACGCUAAGCAAAUCAGAAACUACGGCCGCAUUCGCUAUUCUUAAAAUUAGUGAAAGUAAUAGGCAAACAAUUGAAUCCCUGGAAGACAAUAAUUUUACUUGCACUCAUAUGCAUUCCCGAGAAAAAAUGGUGUAAUAUG